AUGGACAUAUUUUCUUUCAUCUUUCAAGUAUCUCACGACUCUGGGCUCAUUGAGGGGUUCUACGUCGACGACGCGAUCAGGACUGAUGGCGUGAAUCAUCUUCUGUAUGCCGACGACGCUAUCGUCUUCUGUGAUGCGACGGAAGAUGCUGUGACUCAUCUUGCUGGUGCCCUUAUUUGGUUUCAAUGUGUAACAGGGUUGAAGGUGAACUUUGGGGAAAACUUCCUUUUUCCUGUCGGAGAUGUUGACAACAUUGAUCGUCUCGCGGAGAUUCUGAGCUGUGAUUGGAAGCUUCUUCACACGGACUACCUUGGCCUUCCUCUUGGUGCAGCCCCGACUGCCUCUUACAUUUGGAAUAAAGUCAUUGAUAAAGUGCAGAUUCGUUUGGCGGGCUGGAAAGGGAAGCGCCUGUCUAUGGCGCGAAGGGUCGUGCUCUGUAACUCGGUGCUCGCAGCUCAGCCUAACUACAUGUUCAGCUUGUUCAAAGCCCCUCCGUCUGUCAUCAGCAGUAUUGAGCGUCUCCUCAGGUCGUUUAUUUGGUCAGGGAUGGGAGAAGACAAGAAGUUUCACCUCGUGUCCUGGGACAAGUGUAAACUUCCCAAGCAGCUUGGUGGUUUGGGCAUCACAGACCUGGGAAUUAGAAAUCAGGCCCUGCUUAUUAAAUGGUGGUGGAGGUACGCCUUGGAAAGAAAUGUGUGGUGGAGGCAGUUGAUCGCCCAAAAUUUUCCGAAUCCCUUUUUCCCAUUGGUCCGCUGGAUCUCUUAG